CGACAUUACUUCCUGAAUGACUGUUACCAUGGAGACGGGCCAAGCAUUUUUGUCAACUUUGGAAAAGCUGACCUCGUGUUCGAUGCACUGCAGCUAAUGUUAGUUUAGUUUUACCCUCUGUACGUUGUUUGGUUUUUUGAUAAGAAACAGUGAAACACAUUUUUCUUACGCUGGAGGCAGAGCAGAGCCAUGUCGCAAAGGACAUACAACCAGCUGUGGACAGAUGCUCAGUUAGAGUUGGGCCGUCUGCUGAAGGAGGAACUGCCUACUGAGCCCCCUCGUCCAGAAAAGGACAGGGUAGUGUUCUUCCAGCGUCUGGCCAUGCUUUAUGUGCGCUACAUCCAAAUCUUCAGACAGCUGGAGAAGGUCUAUGACCAGGUGGUCCACCCUCAGAAGAGAAGAGUUAUUCGGGCGAUUCUUGAUGGCGUGAUGGGUAGGGUGUUAGAGCUAAAGAAUGAAAUGGUGGAGAAAGAGUUUUCAGAGUACCACUACAUGGAUGAUGUCCUUCAUGACAUGAAGCUUACGCCUGUAGACCUUGAGAUCCCUAUCCCUCGCUUUUUCAGCAGUGAUCGCAGCAAAGAAUUUCAAGAACGAAAGACGAUGCUGACUGAUAUUUUUAAAUUGGUGGAGCCUACUGAAAGCCGAGAACCUCUAAUGACCAAGGGUAUGAGUCAAGAGGAGGCCAUUAAGAUCCUUCAAGUGGUGGAGAGGGCCCGCCAAGGCCGCCUGAGGGCCAAGCUGAAUGAAGAGAGCAGAAAUAUGAACAGGAUGUACAAGACCAAGGACCCCGGAACAGCUGCCAUUGAAUUGGCCACAGUCUGCAUUCAGAAGGUGUGGAGGGGCUACAUACAGAGGAAGAGGGCAAAGAUUGCUCGGGAGGAAGAAAUGAUUUUUCUGGGAAUGGCCAUGGAUCCAAAAUACCAGUUGCCAUGCCCAGCAGAAAUCACUGCCCAGACUAGUGAAGCUUGUACACGGAUUAAGCAGGAGGAGCACAACGACGACUAUCAGAAGUCUGUAGUGGCGGUCACAAACCAGCUACGUGAUGUAGAAGGUCACGACAUGAGCAAAACCAUGAAAGACCAAAUCCGACAAUGGUUCAUUGAAUGCCGUGAUGCCACAGGAUUGUUUCCAGACUACCCAGAUGAAGAGGACGGAGGCUCAGCCCUCAUAUUUGCUGAAAAGAACCCUCAGCAGUUAAUGGAAGAAAUUGCUGCAAAGGAAGAGGAGGAUUCCACCAACAAACCAAAAGGGAAGGAGGAGAAGGAGGAGAAGAAGGAAAAGGGAAAAAAGGACAAGGGGAAGGAUGAUGAGGAAGAAGAAGAGGCGGGGUUGAAGAUGUUACCUUCGGCUUUUCUGUCGGACUUGGAAGUAGGAAACAAAACCUUUUUAGAUUUUUGGCAAACUCGCAAUGAGUCCAGAAACUUCAACCAGAGACACGAGGUGGAGCUGAUCAAGGAAGAAAAUAGGAAAGUCAUUGAGGCAGAGAUUCGAGUACAGGUAGAUGAGCAGAUGAGACAAGAGCUGGCUGAAUGGAAGCUAGCUGUGGAUAAAGACAAGGGUGGUAAAACCAAGGGAAAUGCCAAGAAAAAGAAAGGAUCUAAGAGUGGGAAGAAGAAAAAAAAGGAGAAAGAUUUGACGGCGGAUAGGACUCUUGAGUCUCUGUGUCAGGAGCUGGUGGAACAGGGCUUGUUGAAACAGGCAAAUAAUGUUAGGCUGCAGGAUUACAUGGGUGACUAUAGCUACCUCGGGACCACACUGAGGCAAAAUGACAUUGAGCCCAUGCCAUCAUUGUCAGAUGUGCGGCAGGUCUUAUCUCUAUAUGCAGUUUUACCAUUAGGUUCUCAGGUGGUACAUGAGAAAGCUCCUCUGAUAAAGGCCAUCCUGCUGGCAGGGCCGGCUGGUGUAGGUAAGAAGAUGUUGGUCCAUGCAAUCUGCCAGGAGACAGGAGCCAACCUGUUCGAUCUGUCUCCUCUGAACACCGCAGGAAAGUACCCGGGCAAGAGUGGCCUGGCCAUGAUGCUUCACAUGGUGUUUAAGGUUGCAAGAUUGCUGCACCCUUCGGUAAUAUGGAUUGAGGACGCUGAAAAAAUGUUCUACAAGAAAGUUCCUAAGGAAGAAAAAGAGUUAGAUCCCAAACGCUUGAAGAAAGACUUGCCCAAGUCUCUCAAGUUGAUCAAAGGGGAGGAUCGUGUUCUGAUAGUAGGAACCACUAAAGACCCACUAAGUGCUGAUAUCAAGUCCCUGUGUAAAAUGUACAGCAAAAUCAUCCUCAUCCCAAGACCUGACUACGGCUCAAGAUACAUCUUGUGGAAGCAACUGAUCAGAAAGCAUGGCGGUGAUGUAACCAGGGCGCUGGAUAUCAGCUCUCUUGCAAAGAUUUCCGAUGGCUACACGCCAGGUCACAUCGUUCGGGUUAUCCAGAGUGUUGUCACCAAGCGUCGCAUCCUACAGCAGGCAAACAGGCCACUGACUGCUGCUGAGUUUGUUGCUCCAUUAGCCAAGAUUGACCCUGUGUUUCAGGAAGAAGAAGAGGCCCUUAAAAACUGGUAUGCAAAGACCCCCCUGGGAAAGAAAAGGAUCAAAGCUGCCACAGGAAAGGAAGAAGAAGAGGCACCAGUUAAAGGCAAAGAUGCAAAGAAAGGGAAAAAAUGAGUUUGUCGUCACGUUUUUUAUCACAACUACCGUUAUUAAAACUUGUAUGUGAAUUGCCUUCUUAUGACUGACCCAUUUACUCCUUACAA